GUAAAUAACGAUAGAUUUUCGAUUUUCGUUUCUCAAUUCUCAAAAAUUGAAUCUGCUCAAAAAUGGCGUCCCCAGAUGUAUCUCUGCAAUUGUUAUCCCCGCUAGAUAUUGCAAAAUUAAAGGUUCCCGAAUUGAAAAAAGAAUUAAAGUCUAGGGGCCUUAGCAGCACAGGCAAUAAAACUGACUUAAUUGAACGGCUAUCAAGGGCAGUUUGUACAUCUGAAAAAAUUACAACAGAUUCUAUUGAUGAUAUAGAAGAGGAUCUUUUGAAUGAUGAUGAUGAUGAACAAGAAUCCAUCACUGCAGAAGACUUUGAAGAAAGUGCUCUAGAUGAUUUACCAAAGACUCCAAAAACACCACCAAAGCGAAAAAUCGAUGAUGAUGAUGAUGAGGAGAAGGCAGGUCCUCCCAAAAAAAUUAUAUUGAAAAGACCUACAAUCGAAAAAUCUAAAAUUUGUGUAGAAGACCCAGUACAAGAUAAAAAGGUGGGACAAGAUGAUGUAGUUACAGAGGAAAAAUCUUCAGAAGAUAAUAAUAAUGAUAAAAAAAUUAUAAAAAUAUCUGAGCUUACUGUUAAAGACAGAUUAGAGAUGAGGGCAAAGAAAUUUGGUGUUACAAAUCUUAGCACUGAAGCUAAAAAAUCUGCCAGAGCUGAAAGGUUUGGCGGGAAAGAAACAUCAGUUAACAGUGCCAGCAGUAUUAAACUGAAUAAUCCAACACCAACUCUGGAUCUCUUGAAUCAGCGAGCGGCCAGAUUUGGUAUUCCGAUUGCUACUGAGAAAGAAAAAGAAGAAAAAUUAAUAAAACGCAAGGAACGAUUUGGUUUGGCUUCAACAGCAACAGCCAAUGGUGCUUCAGUUGGUUCUGAACAGGCCAAGGCAGCACGACUAGAACGAUUCAAAACUACUAUUAAAUGAUUUUAGGUUAAGAUUAAUAUUAUAGGUAAGCUAAUUACUUUUAUUUUUCACCUUAAAAUUAAGACUACUUAUUUUUUUUUAUGUACCUAUAAUGACUUAAAUUUGUGUUGACAUUGUGCAUUUUUCUUUGUUAAAGAAAGGACACUAUUUUCCUUCAACAAUUAAUUUUCUUCUGAUACCUUUUUGAAAUAUACCUAAUUUUUUUUCCAAAGUCAGAUGUUUAAUUUGUUAAUCUAUUAACAUUAACAUUGUAUAUCAAAUUAUUAUAUCCUAAGUAGGUACAUCAAAUUAUAAUCUGUUUCUCAAUAUAUCCUUUACAUACUUGCAGCUUACAGCUGUAUGCAACAUCCUCUUUUAACUUAAAAGCGAUUUUUAAAACUGGUACCUUUCAAAGAGGAUGUCGCAUACAGCUGUUAAUUUUUUCGGUUCCACCAAUUGUGGCAUAGAACAACCCAAUUUGGCAAAUCAUUGUAUAAUUUCAGCCCCUUGUUGACCUUUUAUUAAAGUUUAAACACUAAGACUGCUACUAGGUGAAUUCCUUACGUUAUUAGCAGUUUAUAGAUAGUGUAUCUACUAGUGUUAUAUGGGUAUUUAUUUUCUUAUGCUUAGCUAUAAAAAGUAUGUAAUCCACUUCUUUGAUCUUUUCAUGAAUAAUAAAAUUAAAAUGGGUCAAACUUCCAGGAUCCCAUUGUCUUCAGCAGCUACCCCUAAUCUACCUACUUAACCUCCUUGGCCCUUCUUAUUUCCUUUCAAUCCCUUCUGAUGUUCGUUUUUAUGUUUUCACACAUUCCACAUAAAAGCAUAAUGCAAAAGCCCAGAAGAGAUUUUUUUGGUUAGCAUAUCAUUUGAAGGAAACCAUUCUCACACUCAAGAAAAAAAAUACUGCACAAAGGUACCUACACAAUUAAAGUUAUAAGUAAUUAAUUUAUUUGUGAUUUUUGGUCUAUGUGAACAAAAAUGUUGAGAGAUCAUGCCACAUAUUUAAUUCAUUUAAUUGAGUAUCUCGGCGACUUUCUUAAAUGAACUGACACAAGUUUUUAAUGCAAAAUCAAAUCAAUUCAAAAUAUACUUUAUUAUCCGAAAAACAAAAAUAAUUUUUCAUUGACAAAACUUUAGUUCCUAAAUACUAGAGUAAAACAUUUAAACAAGUGACUAAAUAAAGUAAUUAGGUAUAACAGUCAAUUUUUUUUUUUGAAAACAAUCUUUAUUUAAACUUUCAUACAUUUUUCAUUUUUAUAAUAAUACAUUUAUUUCUCAAAUCAGUGCUUGAAGCUCUGGCCUCAAAAAAUUUACAUAAACUAUGCUAAUUAACAGUGAUGGACUUAUUUCUAUUUAAGUAAUUCCUAAAUGUAAUUUGACUUCCUUUAUAAAUUUAUUGUAUUUGUUAUGAUUUCUAAUAUUUUCCGGUAUUUUGUUGAAAGAUUUCGAUGCCUGUACAAUUGGGUUCUUUAUUCCUAUAUUUGUUUUAGAAGUAUUACAAUAGAUAUUAUUUUUGGAUUUAGUAUCAUGGCUUUGUAUUUUAUUAGUUAUUGCGAUAUCUAUAUUACAUCUUUGGUAUUUGUUUAGAACUUUAUACAUAAAUUUCACUUGCUCUAAUUGUAAAACUGUCUCCAAAUUUGGUAUUCUCAAUUCUCUAUAUAAUUUUUCGGUAUAAGUCAUCCAAUGGUAACCAUAAAGAAUUUUUAAUACCUUGUUUUGGAGUAUUUGAACUGUGUUGAAAUUUGUUACCCCACAUGUUCCCCACACUGGCAUUUGGUAUCUAAAGUGUGAUUGAAAGAAGGCAUUGUAUACAUUGGAUUUGGUUUUAUUCGACAAAUAAUUUCUGCAUUUGUAUAUUACUGGUAUCAUAGAUAAAAUUUUAUUAGAGAGAUUGCUUAUAUGUUGGGUCCAGUUGAGGUUAUUGUCGAUUAUUAAUCCAAGGUAUUUUAUAUCUUGAACUUUUUCCAGGAUUAGGUUAUUUAUUUUUACUUGUAUAUCGUCAACUUGUUUAUUUUUUUGUUUUAAAAGUAUAUAUUUGGUUUUGUCAAUAUUUAUUUUUGAUUUAUUAUAGUAUAGCCAAUUGAGAUAUAAAUUCAAAUCUUUAUUCACCAUGUUUUUCAAUGCCUUCUCUUCAUCACCCUCAUACACCAAGACGGUGUCAUCAGCAAAUGUGAAAUACCUAGCCCUGAGGUUUGGAAAUUUGAGAUUUAGAACAUAAAGCGAGUAUAGCAGAGGUCCUAAGACAGAUCCCUGUGGAACUCCGUACUCAUUGCUAAGUACCUCACUUUCUGCUCCGUUAAGCCUGACAUAUACUGUCUUCUAUCAGUUAAAUAGGUUUCAAUAAUACUAUGUAAAGUCCCCCUAAAUCCCAUAUAAUAAAGUUUUCUCAGUAAUAUAUAUAUGCUCACCACAUCAAAGGCUUUUCGUAGGUCCACAAAUACUGCUAUAACCAUUUUUUUAUUGUCAAGUGCCUGAGAUACAUAAUUUACAAAGUCUACUGUUGCACUAAGUGUGCUACUAUUCCCGACGAAUCCAUACUGAUACUCAUCGGUGGCGAUAUAUUUAUCAAUAAACAAUGACAUCCUAAUUUUUAUUACUUUUUCUACUAUUUUUGAAAAUACACUUAUUACCGAUAUUGGUCUAUAAUUAUUCAAAUUUUCCCUACUACCUGCUUUAAAUAUUGGGCUUAUUCUACUUACUUUUAAUUCUUUUGGAAAUACUCCAUCUUUUCCUCCCCUUUUCUUGCAAUUUAAAUAACAAUGCCCGUUCAAUUUUUUUGAGACCGGUAACGCCAAAUGAAGUUCUGGAAAUUGCUAAUAAACUGAAGAACAAGCAUAGCAGUGGGAUAGAUGAACUGCCAACAAGUAUUGUAAAGAUAGCGGCCCCAGUAUUAAAAC